CCCCCCAGGUAUUUAUUGCUGUACAUAGUGUAUGUUUGUGAUAUAUAAGGUUUUCUUUAUUUUGUAUAUGAUCAAUAAACGCCUUUUAAAGAGAAUGGCAGGUGUUUUCUUUGGAAAGGAGCGGACAGGAGGUGGCGUGGCCCGAGUGGGCAGGGCCGGCCGGAAGGGGCGGGGCUGGCGCGGCGUGCUCAGGCGGCUGCCGGGCGAGGCGGAAGCGGAAGCCGGAAGCGCGGCCCGGGGAACGAUGGCAGCCGGCGGCGGGCUGAGCCGCUCGGAGCGCAAGGCGGCAGAGCGGGUCCGGAGGCUGCGGGAGGAGCAGCAGCGGGAGCGCCUCCGCCAGGUGUCGCGCAUCCUGAGGAAGGCGGCGGCCGAACGCAGCGCCGAGGAGGGCCGAGUGCUGGCCGAGAGCGCGGACCUGGUGACCGAGCUGCAGGGCCGGAGCCGGCGGCGGGAGGGCCUCAAGCGGCGGCAGGAGGAGGUGUGCGAUGACCCGGAGGAGCUGCGGAGGAAGGUGCGGGAGCUGGCCGGAGCCGUCCGCAACGCCAAACACUUGGUGGUGUAUACCGGCGCGGGGAUCAGCACGGCAGCUUCUAUACCAGAUUACCGGGGCCCAAAUGGAGUGUGGACACUGCUGCAGAAAGGGAGAAGCGUGAGCGCUGCAGACUUAAGUGAAGCAGAGCCUACCCUCACCCACAUGAGCAUCACCCGUUUGCAUGAGCAAAAGCUGGUGCAGCAUGUGGUGUCUCAGAACUGUGAUGGGCUCCACCUGCGCAGCGGCCUGCCACGCACUGCCAUCUCAGAGCUCCACGGGAACAUGUAUAUCGAAGUCUGCACCUCCUGCAUCCCUAACAGGGAAUAUGUGCGAGUGUUUGACGUGACAGAGCGUACUGCCCUCCACCGACACCAUACCGGCCGGACCUGCCAUAAGUGUGGAACUCAGCUCAGAGACACCAUUGUGCAUUUUGGGGAGAGGGGGACGUUGGGGCAGCCUCUGAACUGGGAGGCAGCGACUGAGGCUGCUAGCAAAGCAGACACAAUCCUGUGUUUAGGGUCCAGCUUGAAGGUACUGAAGAAGUACCCCUGCCUCUGGUGCAUGACCAAGCCUCCCAGCCGGCGGCCCAAACUCUACAUUGUGAACUUGCAGUGGACCCCAAAGGAUGACUGGGCUGCUCUGAAACUUCAUGGAAAAUGUGAUGAUGUAAUGCAGCUUCUCAUGGAUGAGCUGGGCCUGGAGAUCCCCCUCUACAAUAGGUGGCAAGACCCCAUCUUCUCCCUGGCAACUCCACUGCGUGCUGGUGAAGAAAGCAGCCACAGUCGGAAGUCACUAUGCAGAAGCCGAGAGGAAGCCCCACAGGGAGACCAGGGUGCUCCACCUAGCUCAGUCCCCAUUCUAGGGGGCUGGUUUGGCAGGGGCUGUGCAAAGCGUGGGAAAAGGAAGAAAGCUACAUAAGCUAGUGUUGAUGAAGAACAGUUGGCACUUUGCAGAUGGCUGUGACUCUUGUUCAGGGGCCAGUGUCACCAUGAAAGCCAGGGUGCCCCCCAUGGGGUAGUGGGACACUCUUGGGGGUGACGUUUCAGGGUGACUUCUUUAGCCAUUUGUCCUUGUGGGAAGCCCCUUGCACUGCUGUGAUUGCCCCCAUAGGGCUUGACCUUCAAGGACACCUCCUUCCCAUCAACCCUUCCACAAAGGUGGCAGCAAGGCCUUUCUGUGAGAGCAGAGGGUCUUUCCCCCGCCUGGCCAGCAGAGGAGCCCACCCCUGCCUUACCUCACUCUCCAGGCUAGUCUCAGGGCCCCCGAUUUCUACUACUUCGUACUAAAAAGUGUUAACUUUAUAGAAACCUUUUUCUGUGUUGGGUAUGCGGCACUAGCUGGUACUAGCCAGCCUCGGCUCUGAGCAGACCUUAUUAAACAUCUCUAACUGCC